UCUGCGGCGAGGCCCCGAGGCGCUGACGAGCGGAGGCCGGGCAGUCGUGCGGCGGCGAUGGAGGGGUUGGCGGUGCGGCUGCUUCGCGGCAGCAGGCUGCUGAGAAGAAACUUCCCAAGUUGCCUGUCUUCUUGGAAAAUCCCGCCUCAUGUCCUCAAGUCCUCCCAGUCAGAAGCUCUGCUUGAUACGACACAUAAUGGACUACCCUUUGCUCCACUGCAAACAUUUACAGAAGAAGAAAUGAUGAUCAGGAGCUCAGUUAAAAAAUUUGCAGAAGAACAGAUUGCUCCUUUGGUUUCCAGCAUGGAUGAAAAUGCAAAAAUGGAGAAUUCAGUAAUACAAGGAUUAUUUCAACAAGGGUUGAUGGGUAUUGAAGUGGACGCAAAGUAUGGAGGAACAGGAGCUUCAUUUUUUUCCACGGUCCUAGUGAUUGAGGAGUUGGCCAAAGUUGAUGCCUCUGUGGCUAUCGUGUGUGACAUCCAGAACACGAUCAUUAACAAGCUGAUUAAAAAACAUGGGACAGAAGAACAAAAGGCCACCUAUUUUCCCAAGCUGAUUACGGAAAAAUUAGGAAGCUUCUGCCUUUCAGAGGCCGGAGCCGGCAGUGACUCGUUUUCUUUGAAGACCACAGCUGAGAAGAAGGGAAAUUACUAUGUCCUCAACGGGUCCAAGAUGUGGAUCAGCAAUGCGGGACAUGCAGACCUCUUCCUGGUGAUGGCCAAUGUGGACCCUGCCCUCGGAUAUAAAGGAAUCACCUCCUUCUUAGUGGAUCGUGACACUGAAGGCUUUCACAUAGGAAAACCAGAAAAUAAACUGGGGCUAAGGGCUUCUUCCACCUGCCCAUUAACAUUUGAAAAUGUCAAGGUCCCAGAAACUAAUAUCUUGGGACAAGUUGGACAUGGCUAUAAGUACGCCAUAGGGAUUCUUAAUGAAGGUAGAAUAGGAAUUGCUGCACAGAUGUUGGGACUGGCCCAGGGAUGUUUUGACUACACUAUUCCGUAUAUCAAAGAAAGGAUGCAGUUUGGCAAAAGACUUUUUGAUUUUCAGGGGCUCCAACACCAAGUGGCUCAUGUGGCCACCCAGCUGGAAGCUGCAAGGUUGCUAACAUACAACGCUGCCAGGCUUUUAGAAGCUGGAAGGCCAUUCAUAAAGGAAGCAUCUAUGGCCAAAUACUAUGCAUCCGAGAUUGCAGGGUUCACCACCAGUAAAUGUAUCGAGUGGAUGGGAGGAGUGGGCUACACCAAAGAUUACCCUGUGGAAAAAUACUUCCGAGAUUCAAAGAUUGGUGUGAUCUAUGAAGGAGCUUCCAAUAUCCAGCUGAACACCAUCGCCAAGGUCAUCGACACAGAGUACUGACCUCGGGAGUGGGCCCUCCGGUGCCGCUGGUAAUCCGCUGUGCCUUCCGGGGGAGCAAACCUCCCGGCGACUGCGUGCUUUACUGAGGUCCCCACCCGAGGCCUGCGCGAGGCCUGUUCUCUUCCAGGCUGCUUAAUUUAGGCACAGGGGACCGUUUUUUAAAUUGGAAAUAAAUGCACUCAUAUUUUCUCUGAAACUGUUUUUAAAGUUCUAUACAUAUUUAUAUUAUCAUUCCGGUUUCAGAAUAUACAGAGGUUUUACUCCAUCCGCAUUUGCCAAAAACAGACAUUUAAAGUAUCACUUCUAGAAAUGGUUACUUUAUAUUCCCAGUAAAUCUUUAUCUUGUGGCAUCAAUCAGAGAAACGUUGCUUUAGCUGGCAAUUUUUAAUGAAUACUUUAUAGUUUCAGUUCUAAAUUGCCAAGUGAGAUAGAAACUUAUAAAAAAAAUUUUUGUUUAGAAGAGUCUAAGAAUUCUACUUCUAAAUAUCUGGGAAUGAGUGGAAAAUAGGGGUAUAACUUUGUAGGCUAUCUAGUUAGAGAAAGAACUAUUUUAAGAACGUAAAGCAAUGUAAUUUGCAACUCUAAAAGAUGUGUUUCCUGGUGGUUUCUUCAGAUCAUUUUAAAAACAAGUCUCUGCAUUAGUUUUCAAGGAUAAAGUUUGAAUAGUUGGAAUAAUAAUCAGAAAAUACUCAAUAUUUUAAUAUUCUUUUCAUCUUUCACUAUUUCUCAGUAGCACAAUUUUUUUUUUUUUUUUUUUUUUUUUUUUGCUGAAUUUUAAUUGAAUGUGGUUUCCUUAAACUUGGUUACAGAACUUUAUCCUGAAUAGAAAUUCAGAAAUUGGAUUUUGGUUGAGAGAUUCUCAAGAGAGAGAUCAUGGACCCAUGAAGGAUGUAUCAACAUCUCAUAGGAAUGGGAAGCAGAGGAGGGCUAUGGAGCUGGAACAAGCGUAUUUGGUGUCAGUGUUAGGAUAAUUAAAUAUUUGUGAAGGCAAAAGUAGAUCUAUUGCUUUACAGUACAGAUUAUCGCCAGGCAGAGCUCCACCGAAGAGAUGGCCGUGAUAACACCUCCUCAGUGUUAGGGUGCCCGGCCAGCAGCAGAGACCCCCAAGUACAGAUUUCGAGUUCCGGGGGAAGGCAGACAACAGAGGAGAGCUUCAUGUUUUCUAAGGAAAAAAGCUCAUACGGUUGCUUAAAAUAAUCAUUACUGUAAGGGGCAGCAUUUUAGCACUUAAUGAAAAGUUAAUGUUUAUUAAGAAAGCCUGACAUUUUCAAUUUUGCUCUGCACAUUCAUGUUUAUUUAAAUGAAUUAGUUUCUACCAUGCAAAAUCAUAGCUAAACAUUCAAAUUGUAUAAAUAAAAUUGAGAUAGGAAUUACAUUAAAAUAUUAGGGAGAAAUAAGGGCAAAUUUAGACCUUGAAUCCAAAGAGAUAAAGUGUACUUUCAAAUAGGAAGGUGAUGAAAACCCUCUAAGAACAAUGGCAACGAAAACUCACUUUCAGAACAAACUGAUCUGUCAGGAAAAAUAGAGGCUGGAAAGGGGGCUCAGACAUCUUUAGUUUCUAUGACUAUGUCAAAGAGGCGGACUUUACAAAUAAUAGAGUCGACGCCAAAAUUAGUAAAAAAAAAAAAGAAGAAGAAGAAGAAGAAGAAGAAGAAGAAGAAGAAGAAGAAGAAAAAUCCCAGCUUCUCCCUGUAGAGGUACAAGCAGUGGAAGGAUGAGAACCCCCAGGUUCAAGUCUGCAGCCUCAGCGGCCCCCACUACGUCUCGACCUUGACUGUGCACUUGGUGUUGAUAAAGUUCUGGUAGGUGUGUGUAUUCUGUGCAUGCUCACAAACACAGUAAUUGUGUUAUAUGUGACAGUUCAUAUGUGUACUGCCCUUCUUCUGUUAGCAAAUCAUUGUGUUGUUUCACCUAGCGAGCUGUCGUAGGUUUUCCCUGAAGUUCUUCCGUUAUAGCUUCUCUUCUGAUGGCCGUCGCUUGGGGGGGGGGGGGCGUUUCUCUAAAACCCCUGAGUGUGUGUCUGGUAGGGAAUCAGCUCUUCAGCUCCUGAAGCGGUCAGUGUUUAUUGUCUGUUAAUUUGAGACUGGGCUGCCACGGAGCUCAGAGGUAUGUAACUGACCAGACUUGUGGGGGCAGAGCUGGACGCAGACCGAUUGCCAAGUUAGUGUUGUUAGAGAUUUCAUUUUACAGUGCAAAAAUGAAUCUGUCAAGGAUUUUAGAAUCAUGGAAAGUUAAAAAGUGAAGGAUUCAUAGCCUAGAUUACUUUCCCAGGCCAUGCAUCCAGCGUUAAAAAUCCAAAUGUACUAGCUCCCAAUCCACUGUUCUUCCUGUUGUUAAACGUUAUCUCAAACAAAUUUUGGAUUCAUCCUUGUUAUAUUUUAUUGAUUUAUUUUAGGCUUGGCUGAUAAUGAACACUUAAAAAAUACUGUGAUUGAUUGGUGUCAUUGCUUACCUGUAUCAUCAUUUGCCAAAGACAUUGGCUUUUGGCGAGCUCUCUCUGACAGUAGCUGGCGCAUCAGAUUUAUCGUGUGUGAUCAUUUCGUUUAAUUUUUAAGGGGAAUUCUGGUAAAUGCACUGGUUGUAUCCUUGCUGGUGUAUUUUUGCUGAUUUUCCAUAAAGUGAAAGUUGUUUUAAUGGUGUAUAUCAGCCUGUAUUCUGUGUUACAAAAUCAAUAUUUUAUGGAGAAUGAAACAAUAAAGUGCUAAAUUAA